AGCGCCCUCUAACGGGCUCAACUCCACGUGAUAAUUCCUCUUCCUUUUCUUCGUGAAUAUUGUUCAUGGUCGCCACGCUUCUGAAUAUUUUUGCAGCAUUUUCCAGAGCCAUGUCUAAAUCAGGAGAAAGAACCUUCCUUGCAGUCAAGCCAGAUGGAGUUCAACGUGGACUAGUCGGUGAUAUCAUCUCAAGAUUUGAGAAACGUGGCUAUAAAUUAGUUGCUCUGAAACUUCAACAGGUUAGCGAGGACCAUUUAAGGAAACAUUAUGCUGAUUUAAAGGGAAAACCAUUUUUUGAAGGCUUAGUGAAGUUUAUGGCAUCUGGACCCCUUGUAGCAAUGGUAUGGGAAGGUUUAGAUGUUGUCAAACAAGGCAGAGCUAUGUUGGGUGAAACUAACCCAUUAGCUUCCAAACCUGGUUCUAUCAGGGGAGACUACAGUAUCGAUAUGGGAAGAAAUAUUUGCCAUGGUAGUGAUUCAGUUGAGAGUGCCAAAAAAGAGAUCGAAUUAUGGUUUGAUGCUAAAGAUUUAUGUGAUUACAAGAAAGCUAAUGAUGUAUGGGUUUACGAGUAAAUAACAUCUAAAUUCUACCCCAUGAAAAGACCAAUUAGACAAAUAUUAUAAAUAUUUUAUUCGACCCCUAUUGGUUGUUGUUACUGCAAUGUGUUAAAGUUUGCAAUGGUCUGGUCUGUAAUAAAAUCGCAAUAGUGCUCCAA